AUGCUUUUUGGAGGUGACGAAGUUCUUCUCAAUGCUGCUAACAGCAGUGAUUUUACCGCUGUUGGAGUGAAGGUAGUAGUUUAUCGGUCAUUUCUCGUUUUUGAUGUUGUUGAAGACGGUGUUGAUGCAGAUGAUGUUCUUGAUGUUAAUGCUGCUAAUGCUGCUGCUACUAUUGGUGUUAAUGGCAAUGAAAGUAUUGGUGGUGAUUUUGUUGAUAAUUAUGGUUUUGGAGGGUAUGAUGAGUAUGGUGAGUGUGCUGUAAUAGAAUUUAUGAGAUUGAUAAUAGUGAGCAUAUUGAAGAUGGACGAUAGUAUCGCUUAUAUAGCUGAAAAAGUAGUUGUAGAAAGAAGUGGUAAAGAGCUGGACGAACUAGAAACAGGAAUAGGAGAAGAGAAAGGAAUAAAAGUGAUUGGAGAAGAUGGAUAA